AUGUUUAAAGAAUUUGACUUUUAUGUACUUGCUUUGUUAUUAUCAUUACAAGAAGCAUUGACAAUAAAAAUCGGGUUUACAUUUGAUUUAUCAUCACAGUUCUGGAUCACUAAACAAACUAUUUUACUUUGUGGUAGUAGAUAUUCUUGGAAUAUGUAUCAAUUAGAUUAUUGA